CCUUGCUGCUGUGCUACGAGUCCUUCCUGUUUCAGAAAUUUGAAGGAAGCAGCAGCAACAGGACAGUCGCUGAGUAAAUAUGGUUUCAUCUCAGUGAUCUGUAUGAGGGACGGACCUAUGCGCUCUCAUCUUAUUUCUGCUACAUCAGCCUUGUACAUACUGUGGAUCACCAUGGCCCAGGUCGCUGGUCAGGAGGACAGGGAGAAAACCACUGCGCUCAAAGAUUUGCUGUCAAGAAUAGAUUUAGAUGAACUGAUGAAGAAAGAUGAACCUCCUUUCACCUUCCCUAAAACACUGGAGGAGUUUGAAUAUGCCUUCAAUGAGAAUGGCCAGCUCCGGCACAUACAAACAGGUGAACCCUUUGUGUUUAAUGCCAGAGAGGAUCUGCACCGCUGGAACCAAAAGCGUUAUGAAGCUCUUGGAGAGAUCAUCACCAAGUAUGUUUACGAGCUGUUGGAGAAAAAGUGCAACUUGACUAAAACAUUUCUUCCUGUGGAUGCUACAGACGAUGAACCCAGAAGUUUUAUCUACCUUAGCACAGAUGCCUUGACUAAUCCAAACAAGCUGCUCGUGCUUAUCCAGGGCAGUGGUGUGGUGCGGGCUGGCCAGUGGGCCCGUAGGCUGAUCAUUAACCAGGACCUGGACUCAGGAACACAGAUCCCUUUCAUCAUGAAGGCCAUGGAGGAGGACUACGGUGUGAUGGUGCUCAACCCAAACGAGAACUACUUGGAGAUGGAGAAGGCAGCAAAGGACUCCCCCAUUAACUCUCCUGCCGAACCCUCGGAUGAACCUGCCGAAAAGAGGGAGCGCAAAGAUGAACAGGAGAGCAAAAAGAAGAGGGAAUUUUAUGAGAAAUAUCGCAACCCACAGAAAGAGACUGAGACCGAGCGUAUCCCUAUACGGGAAAACACCUCCUCUGAAGAACACGUGCUCUACGUGUGGGACCACUUUGUGUCUAAAGCUGCUGCCAAGAAUGUCUUCAUUAUUGCCCACAGCUACGGAGGCCUGUCUUUCGUUGAGCUAAUGAAUCAAAGGGAAAUGCAAGUGAAGAACAGAGUGUGUGCUGUGGCUCUCACUGACUCUGCACAUAACAUUUGGCAUCAGGAGACCUCCAAAGGGACACAGGACUGGAUGCAGCAGUGCUGUUGUAACUGGGUAUCGAGUCCCGAGCCACUGGACACACAGCUUGAGCCCAUGUUGCCAGACUGCCCUAGAGUUUCUGCAGGCACUGAGAGGCAUGAACUGACCUCCUGGAUGAGUUUUGAGUCCAUCUUCAGGUUCUUCAACGAAGUCCUGAAGACGAAGGAGGAAGAGGAAGCCGAAGAGAACGCCAACGUUGUCACCACACGCAGCGGCUCUUUGAAAAACAAACACCAGGAUUUAUAGAAAGCGCUCAGCAUUGACUUGGACAAGCAGGACAUUCUCAGCGGUGCAUCAGAUCGGGGAGUGCAGAAAUUUCCCCCUUCCUAAUUUUUGUUCUUCUCGCCAUCCUCCCCCCCUUUAACCUCUUCGCCGUCCCCUCCAGCACCAUCCCGGCUUUGUGCCCACUCAGUCGCCUUGUUGUUUGAGACAAGAGUGCUGGGGUCACCACGUAUACACCACAAUAACGUUUUGCAUUACUCCUAGAUGACUGCAACUGUCAAAGCAAUAUGGACCUGAGUGUUAGCGCUUCCCGUGGGCUGUGGCCCGGCUGCGGGUGCGGGCCGCAGCAACGGAGAUUAAGGCUGACAGGCGCUGUACACAAUGCGCCGUGGUGCACCUCUAAUUGUCCUGACAUCAGCCUGAAGUGAGCUAAUGCCCCCCCACCCCAACCCAACCCCAUCCCGUCUGCACUGCUCAGCCUCUUUCCCUUUCUGUGUCUCUCUUCCUGCUCUCCACUGUUUUACCCUGCAGUCAGUUCUAGUGACACGUCCUAAAGUUCACCAUCAUUUCAAUCCUGCUAGCGUGUUUGUUUGGGCUUUUUCCAGCAUUUCCUUUCUCUGCUGAAAAUUUUUAAUAAGACGGAAUCAUCUCUAAUAUCUAUUUCUUAAAAAUUAAGUUUUUUUGUGUCUAUUUUCAGCUUUUAAACUUGAUUUUUCUCAAUCAGUCUGCUAUGAUU